AUGAGACAGAGUAAAGAGGAGAAUGACUUUGAGAAUUUUGAGGAAUCCACUCCAACAGCUCAAGAAAAACGACAAAGUAGCUCUUUCCCAGCAAGAGAAACAAGACCUCAGAGAAUAGCAGCUCACAUAACCGGGACCAUUUCAGGAAGCAAUUUAUCCACGGUUUCAUGCUCAGAGAAUGGAACAUCCUUGGGUCAGAAAAUGCAAUCCUGGGAGUCAUCAAGGAAAGGAUAUUCAUUCCUGAGCAAUUUGCACUUGAGAAAUGGCGAGCUCGUCAUCCAUCAAACAGGGCUUUAUUACAUCUACUCCCAAAUAUACUUCCGAUUUCAAGAAUUAGAAAAAAGUUCCAAAAAAACUUCAAAAGAAGAGAACAGAAAGAAAAACAAACAAAUGGUCCAAUAUAUCUACAAAUGCACAAGUUAUCCUGAUCCUAUACUGCUGAUGAAGAGUGCUAGAAGUAGUUGUUGGUCCACGAAUUUAGAAUAUGGACUCUAUUCCAUCUACCAAGGGGGAGUAUUUGAGCUUAAGGAAAAUGACAGAAUUUUUGUUUCUGUAACUAAUAAGGAUUUGGUUAACUUGGACCAAGAAGCCAGUUUUUUCGGGGCCUUUUUAGUUGGAUAAAUAACCUGCAAAGAGAAAAAAAAAACAGUACUUUAAAAAAAAAAACAACUAUGAAAAUGUUACAACAAAUCUCACAAAGAAAGACACUCUGAGUAGAGCAGCUCCAACCAAAUAAAUUUCCAUAUCAUACGCUUUCAUUAUCUCUGAAAGUGACUCGUUUAUCCUAAGAACAUGAAGGCCAAAAGACCUUUCAGAGCUCUGCCUAAUAUCAGUUUGCUAGCAGAAAUCGAUAAUAUGCUCAGCUUCAAACAUUGAUGCAACAAUUAAUAUCUCUGUCUUUAUCAUCUACUCCUACUCCUUAGAAAAAUUUCAGGAGAAAUAGCAAAGAUCCAUCUCCCUCCCCUCCUCCCCUUCCCCAGCACACUUGCCAGUCUUGCACUUGAGAGGCAGGUACUCUACCAUUUGAGCCAUCUACCACCAGCAUCCCCCCUUUUUUUUUUCUUUUUCUUUUCUUUUCUUUCUGCACUGGUGUUGGAACUCAGGGCCUCAUGCUUGCUAGGCAGGCAUCUAGUACUUGAGCUACUCUCAGCAGCUCUCUCUUUCUCUCUCUCCUGCCAACCAGGAGAGUGUUUCUGCCAGGCAGGUACUCCACCACUUGAGUCAUAACUCCAGUCCAGGAUCCAUCUCUUAAGACAUACCUCACAGUGGUUGUUGCAGUUUGUCUUAAAAACCAGUGAUGGUUAAUCUUGAUUGUCAACUUGAUUGGAUUGAGAAAUGCCUAGGAGAUUAGGGAUGUCUGUGAGGGAAUUUCCCAAGCUGCAACCAGCAAGGCUAUAGCAGUCAGACUGCCCAAGUCUGUUGGAGCUCAGAUCUCAUCAUUACCUGCCCUAGGUAUGAAACAUGGGGCUACAGGGUUUGAUGGUUGACCAGCUGGGCUUCAGUCUUGGUUUGGUACCAUCUUCCUUUCUAUGAUUCCGUUCCUCCCUUUCUAAAAUGGAAGUAUUCAAUCUGUGUCAUUGCAUGUUGGGAGAAUUUAACUUAUUUUUGAUUUUACAGGGACUCAUAGCUAAGAGUUCACCUUGAGUCUCAGAGGAGAUUUUGAACUUGGGAGUUUUGAGCAGUGUUGAAACUGCUAAUGCUGGGACUCUUGGGGAUAGACUAAGUGCAUUUUGCAUUGCGAGAUAGCCAAGAGCCUUUAGGGGCUGGAGCAGAAUGAAUGGUUUCAAUAUGAAAUGCUCCCAGCAGGCUAAUGUGUCCCCACCUGGUGCAGUAUCUUUGGAAGUGGUGGAAACUUUAUUAAGUGGUUUCUAGCUGUGGGAAUUAGGUCACUACAGCUAUGCCUCUGAAGGUUAUACCUGCUUCCCAGUCCCUUCUCUUUGUUUUCUGUUGCCACCAGCUAUAUACUCCCACCUCCAUGAUGUUCUGCCUCACCAUGGACUGAGCGAAGGACCAUGGACUGAAAUGUAAAAACUUUGACCUAAUGUAAAUAGUCCUUUCCUUUAAAUUAUUCUCUCAGGUAUUUUGGUUACAGCUACAGAAUGCUAACUAACACACCUGGAUUUGGUGGUAAUAAGAAAAUUGCACUUAAGUGCUAUCAUUUCAUUAAAAACAAACAAAUAAAUAAAGAAGUUAUGUUCAGUAAACAGACAGCCAGCAGGUACUACCUCUGAAUGGAUUGUGCUUCUCACUUUUAACAGUCAGGAUAAAGCAUGAAGAUAUUUUUUGUAAGUACUUAAUUAAUGAGUAG